UGUUCCCUGCAGACGUAGUCCUGCUUUCAAGAGACACUCCCCUACCCUAGACUAGAAAAGGCCUACUAGUAUCAUACUCUUACAAUCCCCAAAUUGUUGGUAAUGCUAAGUUCAAUCAGGAAUCAACAGAAGAAUAACAUCGAUAUGGGCAUUUUGGAAAAGGUAUCAAAAGCAUUGGAGCUCAAUGAAGAAAAGAAGAACAGCGUCCAAGCUUUGAUGUAUUUGGCGAUCAGUGAAUGGAAGGAUUUUGAUAGCCAUUUAGUACUGAUGCAGAACAAAUUCAGUGAAGGCUUUAGUGAAAUUGAGUCAAGAGAGAAGAAGCUGAAAAUGGUCCAAGAAUCUGUCAGCCAGAGUACUACAAAAGUCGCUGCAAGGAGAUUAUGGGUAGAGGAGAAGAUGAAGGAGUUGGAUGAAAAGGAAAUCUUGAUGAAAGGGCUUUUGCAGAGAAUGGAAGAGGAGCAAAUGCAGCUUGGGAAUCUUAGGGAUUUUGUUGAUGAAAAGCUAAAGCACGUUGCUUUAGAAGAGAAGCAUUUUGAGGGUCUAUCACAAAAGCUGGAGUUGAUUCAAGCUGAGAUGGAGAGAAGGGAAAAUGUGCUUGAUUUGGAAGUGAAGAGGCAGGAGAUAAGGGAAAAUGAGCUUGAUUCAAGAGAAAGAAAGUUGGAGGUAAGGGAGAAUGAGACUGAUUUGAGGGAAAAACAUGUUGAUAGAAGGCAAUAUGAACUUGAUGUGAAAGAGAAAAUGUUGGUGACAAAGGAUAAUGAGCUUGAUUCAAGAGAGGAAAAGUUGGAGGUAAGGGAGAUUGAGACCGGUUUGAGAGAGGAAGCUGUUGAUUCAAGGCAAAAUGAACUUUAUGUGAAAGAGGAAAAGUUGAAGACAAAGCAUAAUGAGUUUGAUUCAAGAGAGAAAAAGUUAGUGAUAAGGGAGAAUGACACUGAUUUGAGAGAGAAAAAUGUUGACAGAAGGCAAAAUGAAAUUGAAAUGAAAGAGAAAAAUUUGAAGGCAAAGUAUGAUGAGCUUGAUUCAAGAGAGAAAAUGUUGGAGAUAAGGGAGAAUGAGACUGAAUUGAGAGAGAAAAAUGUCUAUAGAAGGCAAAAUGAACUUGAUGUGAAAGAGGAAAAGUUGAAUAUAAGGUAUAAUAAGCUUGAUUCAAGAGAGAAAAUUUUGGAGAUAAGGGAGAAUGAGACUGAUUUGAGAGAAAAAAAUGUUUAUAGAAGGCAAUAUGAACUUGAUGUGAAAGAGGAAAAGUUGAAUACAAAGGAUAAUGAGCUUAAUGCUACAGUGGAAUAUUUGGACAAAAAGCAAUCAGAGCUUGAUAGAAAAGGUAGAAUUUUUCAGAGAAAGGAGAAUGAACUAGAUAUGAAGGAAAAAAAUUUGGAGAGGAGGGAAAAUGAUAUUGAAUCUAAAAAGAAAGAGUUAGAGGGAAAGGAAAAUGAGUUCAGUGCAAAAGAGAAAAAGUUUAGGCAAAGUAUUUUGGAUUUAAAGCUGAAAUUUGUUGCAAUCCUGGAAUCUCCUGAACAAUUUCACAAAGAACCUAAUGCAGACGAUCCAACUCAGACUGCAGAACAAACACAGAAGAGCAGGAAGAGAAUUAGGAAUUCGGCAUUGGCUUCAGACAGAACUCUUGAUGGUGACGAUGAAAAUGGCAAUAAUCUGUCUAAAAGGAGCUGUAUAAAUGAUAAAGAGGCAGAACGAGUUACAAUUCAUGAUCCUGGUGAAUCAGGGGCAUUGGCUGAUGAUAUUGGGAAUGAGAACUUAGAAAGUCGCUUUAAAGUAGGGGACACAUGGGCCUGUUUUGAUGCAAAAGAUCACAUGCCAAGAUCAUAUGUGCAAAUCACAGAGGUCACUAACAUGGGUGGAAACAUCAAGCUUGGUGUUGCAUUGCUGAAGCCUUUUCCUGGGCUUCCAGGCGAGGAAGAGUGGAUAAAGGCUGGCUUACCAGUUGGCUGUGGUGUGUUUAAUCGUGCAAGUACCAGUGUAGAAUCUCCUAAUAUAUUCUCUCAUCAAGUUCUCUGUAUUGAAAAAGAAGGUUAUGGUUUCUGUAUACUUCCUAAUGAAGGAGAGACUUGGGCAAUUUACAAGGACUGGGAUAUUAUCACCUGGGGCUCUCAUCCAGAAAAUCACAGACAGUGCAAGUUUGACAUUGUUGAGAUUCUUUCGUACCUCACAGACAAAUCAUCCUUUGGCAUUAGAGUUGCUUACUUGGACAAAAUGGAAGGACAAGCCAAAUCAUAUCGGAGGAGAAGUGAGAAUGAGAAUGAUUCAUUUCUGAUAAUGACUAAUGACAUCUACAGGUUCUCUCAUAAAGUUAUCUCUGCUCAGAUGAACUCAGAUUUUGACUGAUGGCGUGUGGGAUUGUAUGUUUGAGAUUGAACCUGAAUUCCUGCCUCCAGGCCUUUGAUGAGUUUUGUGACAUAUACUCAGGUGGAAAUCUAGCUGUUACUCAGGUUCCUGUAGUCUUAUUUUUGCAAUUUGCGGUUGCUCCAAAUUGGCCUCAUUUUUGUAUAUUUCUUAUGACUGGGAUAUGUAGUUUAGUGAGGAAACCUACAAUUCCUUAAUAGAAUCUGAAGUUAGAGCGACCAAAUGUGGUUCUAUUUAGUUACCUGAGCAGUUUUCCUCUGUUUUACCAGGGUUUAAUUCCUUACAGAACAAUUAGUAGAUUUGUGGUAUGUAAUUGUGCUUAAACCUUUAUUACUUGGUCUACAGUUUUUAGCCUCUUUUGUCA